AUGAUCAAGGGAGACCAGAGGCAGCUUGGCGGCCAUGAAGAGCGAUUGAACAACGAGAUAAGAGAUGAUCAUCAGGCCUCGGAUGGCAACUUCUUCAAGUUCUUGCAAAACCAGUCAAGCUCAAAAAAAGAGGCUCAAGAAGACAAGAUAGCAUCCACAAGGGCAGAGAUGGGAGAAGUGAGAAAAGAGAACGAGAGGCUGAAGGCGAUGUUGUCACGGAUGGUGGACGACCAUCGAACCCUUCAGAAGCAGUUCGAUGUUCUCCACCAGCAAGGGCGAGGCAAGAACCUCGCCGUGGGCUCAGCGGAGCACACAUCACUAGUCGACGGUGUUAAGGAUCCAAGGUUCAUCUCUUUGCGCCUCGGAACGAGCACCGGCACGAGCAAGCACAACUACAUGGGAGAAGAGAUCAAGGGCAACACUAAUAAUCCAGACGACAUAGCUGUUGGUGCAAGAACUGAUGGAGGUGAGAUAAAGGUGCGGCCGGAUGUGGUGACAUUGAGCCCUGGAGGCAGCUCCGAGGAGGAGGCCGCAGAGACGACGACAACGUCAGUGGCAAGCAAGACCGAGAAGAACCCGAGGAGCACGGAUUCCGAGGAUGACGUGGCUCAGCAGCCGCUGGCUAAGAAGGCCAGGGUCUCGGUGAGGGCAAGGUGUGACACACCAACGAUGAAUGAUGGGUGCCAGUGGAGGAAGUACGGGCAGAAGAUAUCCAAGGGGAACCCGUGCCCACGCGCCUACUACCGCUGCACCAUCGCAACGGGAUGCCCCGUCAGGAAGCAGGUUCAGAGAUGUGCGGAGGACAUGUCGAUCCUGAUCACCACCUACGAGGGCUCGCACAACCACCCGCUCUCCGCCUCUGCAACCGCCAUGGCAUCCACCACCUCUGCCGCCGCGUCCAUGCUUAUGUCAGGCUCCUCCACCUCGCUGGGCUUCCCCUCUGCCGCCUCCAACCUCCACGGCCUCAGGUUCGGCCUCCCAGCGGCGACCACCGUCGAUCCCUUGAGCCAGCUGAGCGCCCGGCCGUUCUUCCUCCCGGCAGCUGCCGGCACGUCCAUCAGCGUCACCCCGUCGUACCCCACCAUCACCCUCGACCUCACGUCGCAGGCCGCCUCGCAGCAGGCCUUCUCCCUCAGCAACACCAACAGGUUCUCCUCCAGCUUCACGGGCUCUUACGGCCAUAGCAGCAGCACUGGUACUAGGUACCCUUCCACGAGCUUCUCCUUCUCCGGCUCCGGCGCGAGCAGCCUGCCCGGCGCCACCGCGUGGCCGGUCGGAGUUGGACCGUACCUGAGCUACGGAUCCUCGCCCAGCGCACCCUACAACGACGCCGGCAAGAGCUCGUUCGAGGCCGCGCUGAGCAGCAUCAAUGGAAGGCAACAAGGCUCAGCGGCAUUCCUCUACCAGCCGGUGCAGCAGAGGGCGGCUCACGUGAGCGGCGGCAGCACGGCACCGACCGUGCUCACCGACACGAUCGCCAAGGCGAUCACGUCGGACCCGGGCUUCCACACGGCGCUCGCGGCCGCCAUCACGUCGUACGUCGGCAAGCCGGCUGCAGGAUGUGGCAAGGGGCUCGAGUGGGGUGAGCACCUCGGGCUGGGGCCGUCCAGUGCGGCAGCCGCGGUGUGCUCGUCGGCAGUGCUGGCACGAUCGUCAUCAACGGGGGCCGCACAGAACGGUUCCCCGAACGACAGGAUGACGUUGCAGGCGUCGCUGGCGCUGUCGGGCUCCACCAGUGCUACUGCUUCGACGUUGUGA